UUUUUGAUGAAAUCAGGAAAAAGAUUGUAUUCGAAUCAACGCAAUUAGAAUGCUAACUUUAAUAACUAAAUCUUAUACACUCAAAUGUGCAUAUGACACAGUUACAUCAUGUACAAAAAUAUUGAAAAGAAAUUGUAUGGAAAAUCACCCUUAUAAACAUAUUCAUCCUUGGAAAUCAAUUAAACAAUUUUCGGAUGAUCUUUUAAACAGUAUAGUUUAUAAUAAAGGUAAUACACUUAACAUAAACUUAUGUCUUCAGGUUUCAAGUUUUAAUUUUGAUUUUAUAGAUGGAUUAGUAGUAUUGAAUAAACCAUACGGGGUAAGACGAACUCUUGACACAAGCACAAUAAAUGUACGAAAUAAUGUACCCAAUGGUAUAGAUUAUACAUUAAAUGAUGCUUUACCUUAUAUAGCUAAACAAUUGAAUUAUUUAAAUUUAACUAUAAUUAGAUGUCCUGAAAUGUAUAUGAGUGGUAUUGCAUUACUAGCAGCAAAUGAGCGUGUUCAUAAUGCUAUAGAACUUGCAUAUGUUCGUUCUCACUUUCAAGUAAACACUUAUUGGAUAAUUACAGUCGGUGUACCAAAACAAUUGCAAGGUCAGAUCAAUAUGGGAAUAAAAGCAAUUUCAGAUCCUCAAUUUAAACGCAGAAAGAUAAUUCUUACGUCAUCAUGGUCUAAUAAUGAAAAAAAGCAACGCAAGAUAAAACUGUUAAAAACAGAAUACAAGGUGUUAUCCAACUCUAUACUUAAUUUGUGUUCUCUAAUUGAAUUAAAAUCAUCCACUCAUGCUAAACAUGCUAUUAGACUGUUUGCUGCUACACAUCUGUAUUCUCCAGUUCUAGGAGAUAAUAUUUAUGCAUCUCGGAUUCAGAAAAUAGGGAAUACUUAUGUAAGAGCUGACCCAUUUCUUAGUUGUCCUGGACUACCAAAAUUGGAUACAAGACUUCUGCGAUUGUUAAAUGUAAGACAUAGUCAACAAGAAAUUAUUCCUGCUCACAUUCAUUUAAAGUCAGUAGUUCUACCACAAUUUUUUGGAGAAACUUUAACAAUUGAAUCUCCUUUAAUGCCACAUUUUGAUUGGACAUGUAAACAGCUUGAUUUUAAACAUUUAAUUCCACUAAUGUCUUAUAAAUCAGAAUCAGCAUUAUAAAUACAAUGAUUUAA